CUCGCAAUAAAUACGUGUGGUACACUUCUUAGUCAUAAUUCAUAUCCCUCAUAUUAGAGAUGGAGCACAACCAAAUACUUUUCCUGGCUUUACCAAAAUCAUCAGAGUCAGCCUCUCCUAAUCUUUCAUCAAACCCAUCAAAUAUUUCUCAAGUGUUUCCUCGUUUUCACUUUGACAGCGCAGGCCUAAUGAAGAAAGAAGCAAAAAUUUAUCAGCAUUGUGGAACCUCUUAUGGUUCAGUGGACAAGAUGAAACCCGGCAAGAAAGAAGGUGGCAAAGAGACCAAGAAGCACAAAUACGCAUUUCAAACAAGGAGCCAGGUUGAUAUACUUGAUGAUGGGUACCGAUGGCGAAAAUACGGGCAAAAAACAGUUAAAAACAGUAAAUUUCCUAGAAGCUACUAUAGGUGCACGCAUCAAGGGUGCAUUGUCAAAAAGCAAGUCCAACGCCUUUCGAAAGAUGAAGAGAUUGUUGUGACGACAUAUGAAGGAAUCCAUUCACAUCCCACUGAUGAAACUUCCGCAGAAAACUUUGACCAGAUACUGAGACAUUUACAAACAUAUAAUGCCUAAUAAAGCAGGCAAUAUUGCCACCAUGUCACAUAGGGUUGGAGGGUCUUCAAAAAGGCAAAUGGUUUUUGAUGCUAUGCUGUGCAAAUUUGCUUGAUAUGCAAAAUACAAGUCAUGCUAUCAGGCAACGAUCUGCUAAUCAAAAUGGAAAGACAAAUCUUAUACGCUUGUCUUACAUGCAUCCUCUUUUGAACAGUUUCUAGAAAAUGUUCUUUCCUCCUUGCUUUCAUGUUUCUACAUAAGCUUUUUAUUACUAUUAUAAGAUAAAUCUGCUGAGUCA